AUUGCUUAGUCCUGAUACCCUCGUUUCACAGAUGAGGAAACAGCGUACGGACUUAAUACACGGAGCCCCGGGUUGGCGCCCCAAACACACACCUUGAUCAGGUGUAGGACCAGGGGCCAGUCGCUUAACGCGUCCGUCACCUGCAAACUGGGGACAACGCUGAGCCGGCUCUGACUCAGGGAGGGAAGCAGGGUCACGCUCCGCUACGGCGGCCGUACGUGCCCAGUCCCGGCGCGGGGAGCCGAGGCCAGACGUAAAGCGGGCGCGCGCGCCACUCCCCUUUUCUUCUGUCCCCCUUUCCCGCAGGGGCCCGGGCCCGCUGGUGGCGCUCGGCCUGUACGGCCUGCUCCUCGCGGCCCUCAUGACCACGGACCUCCUGCACUUCUGCUGGGACAAAGGCCGGGGCCGCCAGCCGCGCGCCUCCGGCCCUGCCCGCCGUCCGAGACGGCGUGAGGGAAUCCGCAGGGAAGAGGUGGGAAAGCACAGAGCUCGCGGAGCCCCGCUGCGCCGAGCCGGGCGGCCGGCGCGCUCCGCCCCCUGAAGGAGAGAGGACGGGAGCGAGGACUCCCGACAGGCGCGGGCCCUCGCUCCUGCGCGACUCCACGUGCGCGUCCGUGCGUGAGGCGAGAGGAAUCCUUACGGGCGCGGUUCCGGCGCUGCGUAGGCCGAGUGGGAGGGGCCAAGACGAGCCCCACGCGCGCGUUACUUAACCUAGUGGGGAGCGCGCACGCCUCUGCGUGCCAAGAGAGGGCGGGGCGAGCAUUCUUGAAAGAUUCCGGCCCCUGUCCGUCCGCACCUUAGCACUUUCUGGCCGCCGCGAUGGCAGCAACCGAGGUGAGCCCGGCGGCGCAGCUGCGGGAGGAAGGCAACGAGCUCUUCAAGGGCGGGGACUAUGCGGGCGCGCUGUCCUCCUACACCAUGGCCCUCAGCCUCGCCGCCACUCCCCAGGAGCAGGCGGUCCUGCAUCGGAACCGGGCCGCCUGCCACCUGAAGCUGGAAGAUUAUUCCAAAGCUGAAGCUGAUGCAUCCAAAGCCAUUGCAACCGAUGGUGGGGAUGUGAAAGCGCUUUUUCGACGGAGUCAAGCACUCGAGAAACUGGGCUGCCUUGAUCAGGCCAUCCUUGACCUGCAGAGGUGUGUAAGCCUGGAACCCAAGAACAAAGUCUUCCAGGAGGCCCUACGGAGUCUAGGGGGCCACAUUCAAGAGAAGGUUCGGUACAUGUCUUCAACAGAUGCUAAAGUGGAUCAGAUGUUCAAGAUUUUACUGGAUCCAGAAGAGAAAGGCACUGAAAAAAAACAGAAGGCUUCUCAGAAUCUUGUUGUACUAGCACGAGAAGAUGCUGGGGCUGAGAGAAUCUUCCAAAGUAAUGGGGUCCAGCUCUUACAACGUCUUUUAGACACAGGAGAGACAGACCUGAUGUUAGCAGCUCUACGCACAUUGGUUGGAAUAUGCUCUGAGCACCAGUCACGGACAGUAGCAACCCUAAGUGUGUUGGGCACGCGUCGAGUAGUGGCUAUGCUUGGGGUCAAGAACCAGUCGGUGUCCCUUGCUACUUGCCACCUACUGCAGGUCAUGUUUGAUGCUCUCAAGGAAGGAGUAAAGAAGGGGUUCCGAGGAAAAGAAGGUGCUAUCAUUGUGGAUCCUUCAAGGGAACUGAAGUUAUUGAUCAGUAACCUUUUGGAGUUACUGACUGAAGUGGGCAUUUCAGCCCAAGGUCGAGAUAACGCCUUAACUCUCCUGAUUAAAGUGGUUCCUCGGAAGUCACUUCGAGAUCCCAACAAUAGCCUCACUCUUUGGGUCAUUGACCAAGGUUUAAAAAAGAUUCUGGAAGUGGGAGGUUCAGUUCAGGACCCUCCCGGAGAUAUUGCUGUGACAGAGAAUAGCCGGAUGAGUGCUUCCGUUCUCCUUAAUAAGCUCUUUGAUGAUCUGAAAUGUGAUGCAGAGAGAGAAAAUUUCCACCGACUCUGUGAAAGUUACAUCAAGAGCUGGUUCGAGGGCCGAGGGCUGGAAGGGAAGCUACGGGCUAUUCAGACGGUCUCCUGCCUCCUGCAGGGCCCUUGUGAAGCUGGCAACCGAGCCCUGGAACUGAGUGGUGUCAUGGAGAGUGUAAUUGCCCUGUGUGCCUCAGAAAAUGAGGCAGAACAGCUAGUAGCUGUGGAGGCAUUGAUCUACGCAGCUGGGAAGGCCAAGCGGGCCUCAUUUAUUACUGCCAAUGGAGUUUCCCUUCUUAAGGAUCUUUACAAGCGAAGUGAAAAGGACAGCAUCCGAAUUCGGGCCCUAGUGGGGCUCUGUAAGCUAGGAUCAGCUGGAGGGACCGAUUUUAGCAUGAAGCAGUUUGCAGAAGGCUCAACCCUCAAGCUGGCCAAGCAGUGUCGAAAGUGGUUGUGUAAUGAUGGAAUCGAUUCAAGCACACGGCGCUGGGCAGUGGAGGGCCUUGCCUACUUGACUUUUGAUGCAGAUGUGAAAGAAGAGUUUGUAGAAGAUGAGGCAGCUUUGAAGGCCAUGUUCCAGCUCAGUAAGUUGGAGGACAGGUCAGUACUCUUUGCUGUGGCCUCAACAUUAGUGAACUGUACCAAUAGCUAUGAUCAUGAAGAGCCUGACCCCCAGAUGUUGGAGUUGGCUAAGUAUGCUAAACAACACGUACCUGAACAGCACCCUAAGGAUAAACCAAACUUUGUUCGAUCUCGAGUAAAGAAGUUGCUUACAGCUGGUGUAGUAUCAGCUCUCACAUGCAUGGUGAAAAAUGAAAACCCAGUGCUCACCAAUUCCUGCCGAGAGCUGCUCUCCAGGGUCUUCCUAGCAUUGGUAGAAGAAGCAGAAGACCGGGGGAGUGUUGUUGCUCAGGGAGGGGGCAAGGCUUUACUGCCGCUUGCUCUGGAGGGCACAGAUAUUGGGCAGACUAAAGCAGCACAAGCUCUUGCCAAGAUCACUAUCACCUCUAACCCUGAGAUGACAUUUCCUGGAGAACGGGUCUAUGAGGUUGUCCGCCCCCUUGUCUCCCUGUUACAUCUCAACUGCUCAGGGCUUCAGAACUUUGAGGCACUUAUGGCUUUAACCAACCUUGCAGGGAUCAGUGAGAGGCUUAGGCAGAAGAUCCUCAAGGAGAAGGCAGUGCCGAUGAUUGAGGGCUACAUGUUUGAGGAUCACGAAAUGAUCCGCCGAGCAGCCACUGAGUGCAUGUGCAACAUGGCUAUGAGCAAGGAGGUGCAAGAUUUGUUUCUGGCUGAAGGUAAUGACCGACUGAAGUUACUGGUGCUGUAUAGUGGAGAAGAAGAUGAGCUGCUCCGCCGGGCAGCCUCGGGUGGACUUGCCAUGCUGACCUCCCUGCUGCCUCCUCUUUGCAUUCGAAUCACCCAAGUGACAACCCACUGGCUAGAGAUCCUACAAGCCCUGCUUUUGAGUCCUAACGUGGAACUGCAGCACCGCGGUGCUGUAGUGGUGCUGAACAUGGUGGAGGCGUCAAGGGAAAUCGCAGUGAAGCUAAUGGAGAGUGAGAUGUUGGAGAUCCUCUCUGUGCUGGCCAAGGGUGAGGCGGGGCCAGUCACCAGGGCAGCAACUGCCUGUCUUGCAAAGGCUGUGGAAUAUGGACUUAUCAAACCCAACAAGGAAGAGGAGUGAGUGGGGGUUCACGGCAUUAGAGCCUUGGUUCGUCACCUUCUGCAUCGUGCUUAAUGCACACAGUGCCUAUUGCUGCACAUGGAACAAAGAUGCUACUAGCUGGAAAGGCAGCCAAAUUAGGGAGGGUGUCUAGCUUCCUCCCGUCACAAGGCAGCUUUUUGGUCCACAACUACAUGUAGUAGGUUUCCCCCAGGGGACAAUCCAAUGUGGGCACUUGGGAAGGGCAGCGAAUGGACCAUCACUGCCAUCAGCACCCCAAAAGGGAUUCCAGGAUUACUACUUCUGCGUGAGCAUCACCUGCUUCCAAUGUCAUAAUAAAAUGUGUGAAAUUCUC